UUCGGACGGAUUGUUGUUGGUUGGGAUAUUGAAGGGGGGUUCGGCGUUCGCCACAUGCCGAUGGUAUGUUUCAGUUUAGUUUUUGUUUCGGUUCGCGCAUCAUGUGGAAAAGCUCCCUCGGUCCGCGCUCCGAAGAACAACCUGGAAAGUUACGCCAAUAGUAGCAGCCCCCAUCAGGAAGCCUGAGUUCCGCGAAUUUUGGAUCGUGAUCCACUAACCAAUCUACCUGCAAUAAAUCCUGCUACUGGUGCUGCACCUCCUCCGCAUUGAAACGAAGUGGAUUUUUUUUUCGUUGGUGUGUUGCACGCGUCAUAGGACUUUUGUGUGUCCUUGCAGGAUCCUUGCCGGUGUCCGGUUUGUGGGAUCAGGAGAGUGCAGUGAGUGAGUGAGUGAAUCUGUGGAAACACAGGAAGUUGGAAAAAGGCCCUCUCUCCCGUUUUUUCGGGGAGCAAUUGCAAGAACGAGACCGAGUCGCGUUUCCGACGACGACCAUCAAGCAAACAAGGAUUAAUCCUUCACUCUCACAGGACCCGCAGGACCCGUUAUUGGAGUGGGACUCGCCGAGCAAUCCGGUGACGUCCGGUGAAAUUUUCAGUUCUGUUCUGUUUGCGAAUAUCUCUGUGUGCGGUUUCCCUAACAUAAUUGACAGGAUUCUCGAGCGGAAUUUCAGUGGCAAAUUUGUGAAGAAAAGUUACACAAUAUACCUCAGCCCGGAAGUUAGUGAAACAAAUUUUCUCGGAAAUCCCCGGACGAUCUUGAUCCCUCAGGAGUAGUUUUGACCCUCGCCUUUCUCCAAAGGACGCCCCCUCAAAGGAUUACAGUGCUUUGGAUUAUUAGAUUUUUUUUUCGUUCAACGAAACCGAAAACUGUGAUACUUUUCAAGUGAAAUUUGACGUCGACGACGAAAACCAUUCCUGGUGGAAAUUGAUUUUUCCCAGCCGUGAUCCAAGAGAGAGAGGAAAAAUUAUCGAAAAAAAAACCAGCGGAAACCUCAUAGUACAAACAACCAAAACCUGCAUAACAAGUUUAAAAUAACAAAAAAAAAAGUUACUAAGCAGAUGAAUUUAUUUAACUAGAUGUGUAGUGAUACAACCACUUUUUCGGAACAGAAAUUUAUUUUUGAAAACAUAAAGUUUCGAAAUCAUUGUUGCAAUUCGCAAAAAACGGGAAAAGAUUCUCCGGAUACGAAGCUGUUUUUUUUUUAGUUUUCAUCGCUUCGUCGUCGUCUAUCAAGAGUCUGUGAAACAAGUGCGUGCAAAAUCGAGAGCAAAAACAAGUCAGUGACACAAUUUUGAUUAAAACUCACACACUACAGCCAGAGAGAGAGAGACAAUCAUCAUUCGAAGAAACAGUUGAAGAAGAAACCGACAACCGAAGCGAUUGAAGACGAAGAAGAAGUACGGAGACCAACACAGGUUUCUAAUUUCCCAAUCGGUUAAUGAAGUAAGAUUUCGAAAAAGCUAAAGAAAAAAAUAUAGCAACAACUAAACCUGGCUAAGAGAGUAUACUGAGAAAAGGAAAAAAGGAGUGAAUAGAAAAAAUAAGUUUUAAGGUAAAAACAAGCCAGUCGCGCGAAGAGUGAAAUAUACCAAACCAAAGGAAAAUCCAGUCUCGGGUCUUUCCAAAUCAAAUCCAAAACCAUCGUGAGACCUCCCCCUCUCCCUUCGUUUCGUGUGGUGGAUCCCUCUCCGUGGUAGUGUAUUUCUUCGGGUUUUGUCGGCCGUCCGCGGUGGGAUUUGCACAACACUUCACUCCUUAGUAGUCGUCGGAUUUGGUGCUAGUGAUUUCUGUGUUGGUCGCCGUUUUUUUUUCGUUCGCGUUUCAAAAGUUUUUUCGUAACAUCUCCGUUUGUGCCGAGGAGAGUUACGAACGGAGCGUGGAAAAAUUCCGACAGCCCGAUCCCAAUCUAAGAGAGUGGUUGACUCUGCUAAGAAAGCCGCCCCACCACCUGGCCACGUGGUAGGAAACAUAAGGCGAGCGGGCAACACUGGAACGCUGGACCCCCAGAGCUUCAGAGCUGCUGCCGAAGGCGCUUUUUGGCGGGAGAGAUCCGUUGCCGGAGACGGCGACGACUACCACCAGGCUCUUUUCAGUUCGAGCGAGACGGAUCUAAGCAAGUCCUACUCGGCUGGCCCAAGGAAAUCCAUCAAAUCAAGGUAAUGAUUAUUACUGAUUUGCUGAGGAUAAAACACCACGAUGAGAAUCAAGCGCAUAACCCAAUACCAAUCUGAAUGCCACAACCUUUCUUCGUUGUUUCCCAGGAGCGACAAAAUUUCCACCAUACUCGCCCGGAGUGUAAUGUCCAGUGGUGAACCGGACUCGGCUGGUUCCCAUGGAUUGAAUCUGAAGAUUGCCCUUGGCGGCGGCUCCUCAACCACCUCGUCGACGAGCUCGAUUAUGGAGCCGCCAGCGAGUAUCAUCAUGAAGGCCAAGGACGAACCGGAUUGUGAUACCGAGCGCAACGCCGACUCCAGCAUGGACAGCAGUGCCCUGGCCACGUGUCUGUCCACGACAAUUUCGGCGCUUCGAGCAAGCCAACAGCAGCAGGACCGAGACGAUUCGGACAAUUCCGAACCGACGAAUCAUGCCUCGGCUGCAGCUCAGCUGCUCGAAAGCCUCAAGAACAACCUCAACAACAAUAACAACACAAGUGCAAUCAACAACAACAACCCGCUGCAUGCAAACAAUAACAACAACAACGGAAACCGGAAGCUGUUCGAGUGCGAUGUGUGCAAUAUGAAGUUCUCAAACGGCGCCAACAUGCGGCGGCACAAGAUGCGUCACACCGGAGUCAAACCGUACGAAUGCCGCGUCUGUCAAAAACGAUUCUUCCGAAAGGAUCACUUGGCCGAACAUUUCACGACGCACACCAAAACACUGCCCUACCACUGUCCGAUCUGCAAUCGAGGUUUCCAGCGACAAAUUGCGAUGCGUGCCCACUUCCAAAACGAGCACGUCGGACAACACGAUCUGGUCAAAACCUGUCCCCUGUGCAGCUACCGAGCCGGAACCAUGAAAUCCCUCCGGGUACACUUCUUCAAUCGACACGGAAUUGAUUUAGAUAACCCCGGACCUGGAACGCCUCCCUCCCUGCUCCUGGCCCUGGAUCAACCGAACCCGGCCAACCUGCUUCCGGCCCUCGCCGCCAUCAAUGCCGCCGCCUUCAACGAUUCCGCCGACUCGAUGCGUUCCGUCGAUAACGUUACACCACCGAUGCACUUCCUUACCCCCCACGUGGAGAUCUCGAUGGCCGAUAACAACGAGGAGGCGCUCAACUGCAGUCGGGAUGGCCCGAACGGACGAUCCAGCAGCGCCAACAACUCGGAUCGAAGGACGCCGACUCCGUCGAUUUCGUCGGCCCUAGAUAUCCAGGCGAUCGUGCGGCCACCUCCGGUCGGAUCGCCUUCGUCGCCGCACUCGGCCGAUUCCAAUGCACCCUCCAGCUCCCACUCGUCCUCCAUGCUUCCAUCACUAGUACAAAGCUCAAGGCAUAUUAUCUUCGAUAACUCUAUAACGCCGUCGAUCAGUCUCAUUCCUAUCAAACAGGAACCAACAACCAACGAUGAGUACAAUGAAACCAAACCCCGGAGCAACAGCCUCUCGGAAAACCUGACCUCCAAUAACAACAUCAGCGGAUCGACCGACAGUGUAGCACCGACAUCCAGUCUCACAUCGCUGAUAAAGGUGUCACCGCUCAAGUCGCUUCUGCGGGAAGAUCUCAAGCGGCGGAUUUCGGCGAGGGCAACGAACCGCGCAAAUCGUAACGGGCUGCUCACUUCACCGAACUCGGCUGGUAGUCCGAUUCCGAAUAGCAGUAGCGGAGGCAACGGCAAUAAUGCGGCCUCUUCGCCGGCACCGGAGUGUGGAACGUCGUCGAGCAGUUCCAGCAGCUCCAGUAGUUCUAGUAGUUCAAGCAGUAGCAGCGGCAUUGGGAACAGUGUGAAUGGAACCUCGUCCAGCAGUAGCAGCAUCAGUAGCAAUGCGACAGCCGUAGCCGUGGCCACGACCUCGAACGGUACGAUUACAUCGACCGGGCCGGAAGCUGAUAUGCUGCUGUCCGGGGGGCCAAUGUCCAAGCGGCAUCUGCAGUGUCUGUUCUGCGGCAUCGAGUUCCCCGACCAGACGCUGUACUUCCUCCACAAGGGUUGCCACAGCGAGAGCAAUCCGUGGAAGUGCAACAUCUGUGGCGAACAGAUGAGCAACGUGUACGAGUUCAACUCCCAUCUGCUCAGCAAAAGUCAUCAAUGAUGUUAGGCGAGGGGAAGGGAAACAUUUUGCUGGUAAUGUUUCUCUUUUUCUAAUCGCUUUUUUCACCCUACCACACUAAUACAUAAAUGCUGACAGAAAAAACCUGAACAAACACACACGCAAACAAGCAAACAAAAAUACCAACGCAAAUAAUUCAGAGUCGAUUUUGGGUUGAAAUAACUGCUUUUUGUUGGUUAGAAAUAGUGCUACUAAACCCAUCCCUCAACGAAAAAACUAAGUGUAACCAAGUUCCUUUACAAAAAACAACCUUAAUAAACUCUCUAAAACUUCAACAAUCCGUUCGAAAAAACCGACACCAGAAGAAAACAAAAAACCAAGCAGGGAUGGCAAAACGUGCGCGUAAGAUUGAUGCGAUGUUGUACGACCACCUUUAGGAGAGAGUGUAUAAGCGAGUGGUCGCUUCAGAGCCUACUAAGAGACAGGGAUAACAGCAGUGAUUUGUGCGCGCAAAGCAGCAGCAACAGAAACACAGUCGUAACGGACUUUAAACUGUUGAAUAUUGUUGACACGUUGAAUCAACUACCCCGAUUUUGUUUUUCGUUACGCUUGUCGUCCAAAGUAAACUUUUCGUUUUGUAUUUGUUCUGAAGCCUCCAUUACCUACUAGAGAAGCCAAACAACCCCAACAACUCAGAAACAAUAGGUGUAGUUAAAAAGCAACAACUCAGAAUAAUAAAUUUACACUAUCCGUCCAAUAGCAGUAAAGAGAAAAAGAAGCAAAAUGCAACAUCGCACACACACACAAACUCAAACUAAUGCAAGUACCGCGAAAAUCAACAAAAAAGCAACCCACAAAAUAGCCAAAGCAAUUGAAGAAAGUAAACAAAACUAACACUAACGCAUAGAACUUCAAACAUUUGAAUAAGAGACAGAGAACCACACAACAGUAAACAAAGGAAGAAGAAGUGUGUUGUUUUACGAUUGUCAAGAGGAUGUUUUUUCCGUGAUUUUGAAGAGAACUUAUCCGUGAAAGGUUAGAUUGUGUACCACAAUCGGCUUUUGCGUUUGUCCCACUAUCCUUAGGAGGUUUUUUUUUUUGUGGUGAGACUAUGUUAGUUUUUUUUUAAAAAACUUGGGAAAGCCACACACAUGCAAACCUCGGUUAGAAGACGAACGCAAAACCAGCAGGUCGACCUGUGGAAGACAACGAAUAACUGAUGCCGCCAUUGUGUGUUGCUUGUUCGGAACUCAGUGCGAUCGUAACGUCAGAUAAUGUGAAGUUCGUAAAACAGGUCGAACUGGUCGAAAUUGCCCGUUCUUGAUAUUGUUCAGGACUAGUAAAAAAUUUGGUUUCAGGGAGCGAAAAACUGUUGAAGAGAGCAACAGUCACUUACGAAGAUAGAUCAACGACUGACUUUUGUUUCAACACAAGCUUAAAAACAUUUUUUCUUUCUUUAGUCAAUUAAUUUUACUAACCGGAGCCGGAGCUGAUAUUCUCGGCACUCCGUCUUUUUUGCAGGAGCUGAGGAAAUUUCCAAAAACUUGAAUCAAUUUCUAAGCAAUUAGAGCAGCAAUCUGAUAAUCUGGGAUUACUUACUGGAACUGGAACAAUUAACAACCACUCAUACAAGGAGCUUCAAAAAUUUGCACCUUAAACCACUCAGUCUUGUUCAUCAGAGCCGGAACCAAACAAUCAUAACAGCAAACUUGAAAUUUGCGCUUUUACAGACACUCCGCAUUUUUCACUUAGCUGGAACAAUUUUAAAAUAAGAACAACGCCAGCUUUAAAAAUUUGCGCUUUUUCAGCCACUCAGUCUUGUGCACCGAAGCCGGAACAAUUUCAUUUUACUCAGUGACAGCUUUGAAAAUCUGUGCUUUUCUAGCCACAUUGUCUUGUUUACCGAAGUCGGAUCCAUUUUCCAUGUGUGGAUUUUCUAGCCACACAGUCUUGUUUACUGAAAACGGAUUAGGCAGACUAGCAACUUUACAAUUCUGCGCUUUUACAGUCACUUAGUAUUGUUUACCGGAACUGGAAGAACUGCAAAACAAUCAAAACAGAAGCCUUAAAAUCUGAACAUUUCUAGCCACUCAGGCUUGUUUAUCGGAGUCGAAACAAUUCCCAACUCAUCAUUACAGCAAGCCUAAAAAAUUGCGCUUUUUCAGUCACUCCGUCUUGUUUACCGGAGCUGGAAGUAUCUUCUAAUAAUCUUAGUAGCAGCCUAGAAAAUUUUGACUGUUUCAGACACGCUGGCUAUUUCCCAGAGCCGUUACAAUAACAGCUUAGUUAGAAAAAAAAAUCCAAAAAAUCCCGAGCAUUAGCUUUACAAUCUAUAUCUCUCUUAUUCUGCGCUGCACGUGAGGGGACGAAAGUUCAGUCACCUCACCGUCAUGUGACUCUAGGUCUAAGUCUAAGGAUAGUCGGUGUGGGUGAAGUGACAGAGGUUCAUUCCUGUUGUGAUUUCAAAUAAAACAGAGUACUAUUUGUUUCGGAAACUGAUAAUACAAUCACAUUUUUGCUCGUCAAGUCAUGAUUAGAAAUCAGGUUACAAUAGUGAUUGAUAUAUGCUUGGAUCAUCCAUCCGUCAUAUUGGCAACACUUCACUUUGAAUCCCAAUCUGUUCAAAUGGCAUCAAUUCUAGCGAACACUACGAUUUUACUCUUCCUCGAUUCUAGAACGAUAGCGAAUUGACGUUGUCUCUCAUUUGCGACAGUCUGUUAUUGUUUACAUUUGCCACGCGGUUCGUAAGUCUAGAUUAAUCACCAUGGUGAAACGUUCGGUCGUCGUGAGUGUCGUUCAACAAUUCCCUAGGUUCAUCCGAAGUGACGUUCCUCACCUAAAGCGACUCCUGGAAUCGAGUGACUCGGGUGACUCGACUAUCACCUCACGUGCGGCGCGGAAUAAGGGCCUAUGCUUUUUCAGUCACUGUCUUGUUUUCCUGAAACCGAAACAGUUUUUUAAUAAUCAUAGCAAAACCCCAUCAAAUCUGUGCUUGAUUCGGACAUUCUCUUCUUUUAAUUGAGCUGCUUUACCCGAAUCGAAAAAUCGGACCAAAAUCGGUCGGAAUUUGGUCCGUUCAACCCAUGAAUUGGUGCGAAAACAGACUAGAAAACCGACCAAAUUCGGACCAAUUCAGUGCCCAGGUGACACAACUUUCCUGACAACGAUAAGUUUUUGUCAAUACAACCGGGUUGUUUCCAGACAAUAAUCGGUUAGUUUUUCGACCAAAAUCGAUCCGUUUUCCGAUCGAAAUUGGUCCGAAUUCAGACCCAAAAUUGUUCUUUUUCGGAUAAAAAUUGGCUUGUCAACUAGAUCCAAAUUUAUGCUGGUGAUUAUUGUUGGAAACUAUCAAAAAAAAGUUGCAGUCAUGAUUGACAUAUAAAAUUUUUAUUUCACAAUUUGUUCACACAUUGAAUUCACAUGAAAAUUUCAUAUAAAUAUCCGAUUAGAAAUAGUUGUGCCGACCGUAGAGGUCAUGAGAGAUCCUGCAGAGGAGGCAAGUCUGAGAGAAUGAUUGACCAGAAAUUUGUCGUUUCACCUAGAGAAGGAUCACUACUGAGGAUGAUAACCUGAAAUUUAUUAUUUGAGUUUAGAACAAAGUAUUAAAAAAACAUUUCAUCAAAAGAACUCACCAAGAAAGGUUUUAAAACGAUAGUUUUUGCGUUCAAAAUUCUGCCUCCUUACUUUUCUAUUUUUUUUUCUACGGGAUUUUCAUCCUUUGGGAUGAUUCAUCCCUAAGCCACUUAACUUUUCUCGUAGUCAAUAAAUUCUCAAGGCGAGAUUCGGCGAGACAACAGCAAAAAAACAGAUUGCAAUGAUUGUCAUUGCCAGAGCUUAUUGAUCUGACAGAAAAUCGUACAAAAAUUGUUCGAGAGUCGGUCCGUUCAACCGAACGAAACUGUCUGAUCGAAUUCAAACCAACACCGAACCUAUUCAAUCUGAUCGAUUCCGUUGACUUUCAUUUGACUCCGUUGCGGCGACAGCCGGAAAAUGGUCCGGAAAAACGGACAAAAUCCAGACAGAUUUGAACUGACAACCAUUACUUUUACAUCAAUCGGUCCGGUUUGACAAUCUCUACCGGUCUGAAUAUGGGUCAGGGGUGCCAGGUGUCCUGAUUUUUCAGGAUUUGUCCUGGUUUUCGAGAGGCCAUCCAGAUUUUUCAAAAACGCUUGAAUUGUCUCGAUUUUUGGAAAAUGACCUUUAUAAUGUCCUGAUUUGUCCUGAUUUUUAAAAAAUAACUAAGUUUAUUGUUAAAUGGUGAGAAAAUCAAACAAAUCUAUAGUAAAAUAGUUUAACCAGUUUAACCGAUGAUAAUCUUUUGUUCAAAUGAUAUUUAAAUAGUGUUUUUCGAUAUUAACUUUAGGCUAGCCAAGGUUCUUCUCGUUUUAGUUGCAUUAUUCGAGGCGUCUUCAGCACCUGAAUUUCGCCUUUAGUUAUGCAAUCUCAGCGAAGCUGCAUGUUAUUUUCAUCAAUUUAGUGUGGUCCUGAAAAAUCCUGAUUUUUUUCAUCGCGGUGCCGAAUAUGUUUUAUAUCUUCUCUGAAGACGGUGUUUUUUUCAGAACAGAAAUUCAUGCAGACAUUUUUACCAGACCUGUGUGGGAAUAUUAUCUGACGUGAAAUUAUUUUUUAUUUGAAGCGCUGAUCGACCAAAUUCGCCCCAACGAGCAACAUGGCUAAAGUUUUUCGACCAAUGGAAAUAGUUCUCGCGAAAAAAAAUCAUCCUUAACACAGAAAAACAAAAAACAUCAACCGAAUGUCAGCGCAUGCAAUGAAAUUAGUUUAAAAAAAACUGAACCCAACAGAUGUCAGGGCGUUUCCUAGCGUCUGCUAGCAAGCUGUUCGAUAGGUAGUUGUGUAGCUAGCUAGUUUAGAAGUUUAUACAUAUAGUUAAGUCCUCACAUCCCCCCCCCCCCCCAUCCCACAACAAUUCAGCUAACCCUAACCUGAAUAUGAAUAAAUAAAUUUAUAUAAAAAAGAGUGUUUAACGAUCGUUAAGUUUGACAAGUUUUGAUUGUUUUGUUGUGUAUAGUUGUAGAUCAGAGCGGAGGUUUCGCGUGAUAUCUACUUAAAAAAAAUCGGUGUGUAAAAAAUAUAUAUAUUUUGUUUUAGUUAAAUCGUUUGCUGGAUUAUACAUAGUUUAUAUUUACAAGUUGAAGUUUAGUUUGAAUAUAUUUGUAGAUCGUACUCGUUUUAUGGAACUAUAAAUACAAGCUAGGCCAAGGAUUAUACAGCUCGAAGCUUCGAGCAUGGAACGAACGAGUCUUGAGACUUGAAAAUGUGAAAUAAGUGAGAGAAAGGUAAAAAACAAUGGAAGAAAACCAGACAUAGAUAUAUUUAUACAUCUUCUUGUUGUUUGUUGUUAAGAAAUAUAAAAAAGGCAGGAGCGAGAAGAGGUCAUUUAAAAAAAAAACCACCCAUCUUGCUAAGGUUCAACCGCCAAUGAUGCGCUCUGUAAUAGACAUCUCAUUCUCACCUUUUCACUAAAUGUAAACAAAACAAAAACAAAAAACUAAAUGCAACGAAUAAUGGUACUUAAAAAUUAAACCAUCGUUUCAGAAUACACAGAAUAAAGUUGUCAAUCGUUACGAUUGACAACGUCUAGAAAAAAAUCCAGAAGAGAAAACCUAAUAGUUCAAAGCAAACAAAUAAAAAUACAAAACUAGAAAUCUUUAAAUAUCGAAGCACCACCACUACAAAGAUGUUCUCUUCACAGAGGAUAGUCGCUACACUACCACUAACUAAACGAGAAUAGGAAACAUAUUUUCAGGACCAAAAUUUGCUCAUUAUCAUUCUUUCUCUAUACUCUAUAAUAGAUGAUGAAGGUAACUCUAAAUAGUAACUCUUGUCCUAUUUUCAAACAAAAAAAAAGAACGAAAAUACCUACACACAUUUUAAAAUCACACGAUUUGGAUAGCCGUUUUUAAACUGGAAUCAAAGCCGUUUUUUAGAUCUUCACUCUAAUUCUUGAAAUCGAAUUGUUGAUAUUGUAGAGAAGUAAAACCCUAAAACAAACCCAAAAUAAAACAAACUAAACAAGACCUACAAAAAACUAAAAUUAAAAAUAGUACCUAUGCAGCUGUUCGCAAAAUUAAAAAAAAACAGUUUACUAAUUUUAUAGGUGUUUCCUUUUACUGGAUAUGGCGACAAAAAAAAAGAGUAUAAUGAUAAACGAUUGGCCAGAUUUUAAUAGCAUUAUUUGACGAGACCGUUUCAAACUUCUAAAAGUACAGUAUUCAAAUUUUUAAGGCAUGUAAGGUGAUGUUAAAUGAAUUCACAAUAUACAAUACAAACGAAACGAAAAAAAUUAAAAACAAAAACAAAUGUUUACUCUUUCUCUUAGCUUCAAAUUGGGCAACACAAAAACCAAAUAAAAUAUCGAACGUUUUUCUGACUCUUGAAUUACAUCAUAUGAAAUUACAAAAAUCGAAACAAAAAAAAAUGAAACAAAAUUAUACUCACAUAAUCUCUAUUGGCAACUAAUACAAUUAGGCACUCACACAAACACAAAAGUAACGUUUCAAUUCUUCAGAUUUUCUCUUUGUUGGCAACACGGAUUUAUGUAAAUACUACUCACGAAGUAUUUCCUAGAAUUAAAAAAAAAAUGAAAUCAGAUAAUGGCGAACAAGUUCCCGAUUACUUAAUCCGGGCAGCUGAACGGAAGAUUUAGUUCAAUCGUCUUUCAUUCGUGUGUUUGAUAGUUUUUCGACAGCAAAAUUUGUUCCGAUCUCGGUUUCAACAAUAAAACUGGAACGAUUUUCUGCUCGGAAACGUCAAUCAAACACUGAACGAAAUUGUUGUUCUAUUUUUGACGUGAAACUUCUCGUAGAUUUUUCUUUCGGCAACUCGAUCGUCAGCUUGUAAAGCAAAACAAAAACAAAACAAAAAACCAAUUCUCAGAUACAAAGAACGGUGCCUUCCCAAACGAAGAGAGUUGAUGAGCAAGAAAAUGAACGAAUGGAAAACGAACGAGACGACGAGCAAAAGUUGCAGACGUUGCCUAGCUUGAAGGGUGGAACAACAGAACAAUAGCAGCUGUGCUUUGCUUCUAUUUAAAACAGAAAGAAAAAAAACAUAAAACGGAAAUAGAAAAAAAAUCAAGAAGCACGCAUGAAAAACAGAAGAAACGCGAACCAAAUAUAAACAAACCGAAGAAUAACAAACGUAAACAAAAGAAGAAUAAAAAAAAACAAGCAAAAAGGUAGAGGAAAAUAAACCAUGCUGGAAGCACGAUUUUAGUCGUCGGAUGGAUUCGGGUCAAAGGUCAAAACAGUUGAUUUAAAUAAACAAAAAAAAUAGAACUAGAGAACUAACUUUAACGAAAAUAUUCUUAGCAGAAAUAAACAACUUUAUAGGACAGCAAGAGACGAAGAACAAAUAAACAAGCAAACAAAACAGUAGAUAGAGAAUCAAUUAUAUUUUCACCGGGGAAAAAACCAACACAACGUGCAAACACAGUUGAAACAAAUAGUGAAAUAAACGGAUAGCUUAAUUUAAACAAUAGCGCAGAGUAAACAAACACCACACACAAUAAUACACUAACACACACACGUACAGAGAAAAACAAAACAGGCCUUAUGAUGAGUAGUGAAGUUUGGGGAAAGAGAAAACCUGAGAAGGGAACCUGAGAGAAAGAGAAAGCCACAAGCGCGAAACCAAAAGAAGCAAGGCAGCAGAUGGAACAGAGAGAGAAAGAGAGAGAGGAGCAAACACGGUUAGAACUUUUUUAUACCUAAACAGUAGCGUGCAAAGAGAAUUUGUUAAAGAGAGGGAAAAAAGUUGAAACCAAUACACUAAUUGAUUAUUAAUAUACAGAGGUGAAAAAAAACCACAUAACGGAAAUAGUUUUACUGAACUUACAUAAGCCUAACGUUACACAAGUUGAACCUACUCUUGCGGCAAGUGAGAGAGAGAGAGAGAAGGAAAGAAAGAUAAACAAAAAUGUGAAAAAAGAGCGUGAUAGAGCGAGAUGGACAGAAAGAUCAUGAUCAAAAAAAUGUUUAAAGAAAGCAGGGCAAGCAUGUGUAUGUUAAUAGUUGCGGUUAGUUGUAAGAUAGUGAAAGUUAAAUGAAGAAAAAAAACACAAGGAAAAGAGAAACUGCAAAGAAAUGCGAUUUAUUAAAACAAAAAUAAGAAGAAAAAAACAUUCCGUCUAAAUGUGAUUCUUUAGAAGAUAUAGCUGAACUAACACAAAAACGGACGCUUUUGGUACAAAAGCGGUCGUUUUUUUUCGCUCUCCGAAUUCGAAAGAGAAACCCCGAGAACAGAGAGUUUAGUUAAUCUAUUAGUUUAAAAAGGAGGAUUUUGUUUUCGUAUAGGUUAUAUUGUCAUCGAAUAAAAAACAAAUAGAAUAAUUUGCCCGUUUUUUUUUUUGUUUGGCGCUUCACAGUUUUUUCGUUUAAGUUUUUCUUUUUCUUUAAGAUUUAAGUGUAAAGUAGUUGAAUGAAAACAGUUUUCAAUUUUUUUUUUGUUUUUGCGUGUAUUCGUUCCGUUUUGCAAACGAGGAAUUCGGAUGAAAAAAAAUGCCGAUUAAUAACUAACAGAAGGACUAGCUCGAUCUUGGGUUGUUAAUUUCUCAGACAAAAAAAACCAAACAAUUAUGAAAAACCAGCAACAAAAGCGCUCUUAUUAAUCUAAAUUAGUUAGCAAAAUUAACUGACGUUUGAACAAAAAAUGAAUCAAAAAUAAAUAAAAUUGGUAUGCAAAAUCUUCUCUCGUUUUCUAAUAUAACAAAAAAAAAAGAAAAGAAAAAUGCUUAUUUCAAAGCAGUAAAAAACUUUUUGAUAUUCUAUGUUUAUUCAUAAUUCGGAUGAUAGCAACAAAAAUUACAAAAAAAAAAUCACAAAAAGAACAAAGUUUUUUCUCGGUCUAUUCGUGGUCGAUUGUUACUGUAAGAAAAAAAUCAAAACUUCUGUGAGUGUGAGUUUUACACACCGAGCGGUUAGCGAAUUAAAAACAAACAAAAAAUACAAAGCAAACAAUUCAUUAUUAUUCAAAUAAAUUGCAAUUGUAAAGAGAUCUUUAUGCUAAAAACAAACACCCGGAACGGAAACCCAGAGAAAAAAGGUACUGUGAGAAAAAGAGUUAGGAGCGCUAUACACAGGAAAAAUAGAGCGAGACAAAGAACGAAGAGCCCGAAAAACAAAAGGAAAUAAUUUAUAGGUAAACCCAACCAAACAAGGGAAAAAACGAAAUGACCUGGUAAGAGAUCAAUGCUAGAAGAGAGAGAGAGAAAUGAUGCAUAACAUGUAAGCAUACAAAAAAAAAUCGAUGAAAACAGAAUGGUGAUGGUUCAAAUUAUGAAUUAAAAACAAAACAAACCGAGAAAGUGAAACGAAUUAUAAUAAAAAAAAAAACAAAAACAA